AUUUCAGCAUUGAAUCAAAUGGAAUGUUGUCAUCAAAUAACUUUAAAAUCAACAAAACAAUGAAUGAUGUUCAUAGAUGAGGAAUGUUUUUUUUUCUUGACGUCAUCAAAACAUGAUGAUGAUAUUCAAUCGGCAAAAAACAUUGGUUACAUUAGAUAAUGUAUAUGACCACAUUAACAUUCCAAAAACGAUAAUGAUUGUUUUCCAGAUUUCGAAUAAUUUCUCGUAACAAAAUUGAAUUUAUAUUGAUGACCAAUGAUGCUACGUAUGCAUAUGGCAAACAUAUAUGUUCAUGGCUAUCAAUGAAACAUGAUUUGACCAGACCACAAAAGAUUUCCAUUCUAAAUGAUAUGAAAAUUAUUCAAGUCAAUUCUGGAUUGGAUUUUGUCACCAUUUUAACUGAUGAUGGUCAUGUGUAUCUGGCCAGUAAUGAUUCUAAUUGGCAAACGAACAAUACGUGUCGAUUGAUCAAUAUUGGUAAUGAUCGAUUUAAAAUGAUCGCUUGUGGAUACAAACAUUUAUUAUUGUUACGACAAGAUGGUACUGUUUUUGCAAUGGGCAGAAAUCACUGUGGUCAACUUACUGGUAAAUAUCAAUCAUCAUAUAAAACUAUGGUCAACAUUGGUUUAAAAAAUAUCAAGCUCAUUACUUGUGGAAAACAUCAUAGUCUUGCUGUGACAGAUACGGAAAAAGUUUAUUCCUGGGGCCAAAAUGAUUGUGGUCAAUUAGGUGUUGGUGAUUAUAAGAAAAGAAAAAUGCCAUUUCUUGUUAAAUUUGACAAUUCAAUCGAUAACCGAAUCAAAGAUAUUGUGGCUGGCUACAAACAUUCAUUGUUUUUAUUUGAAAAUGGACAGAUCUGGUCUUGUGGUCAUAAUGGUGAUGGCCAACUUGGUCUUGGUGAUCAGAAGAAUCGACCGAAACCGAUGAAAAUAAUGAUUGAAAAAAAAAUACAAAAAGCAGUUUGUUCGAAAUUUAAUACACCCACAUGGGUUUAUGAUGGUUCAUCAUAUUAUUCAUGGGGUUAUAAUACCAAAAAUAGCCAUUGUCUUUCACCUAGAAAAUUGAAUGGUCAACCGGAAUCAUUUGCAGCUGCAUCAGAAAUGAUUCUAUUAUCACCCAUCACAUUUGGCCAAACAACAAUUUCGAAUGUAUUCAAAUUUUAUGAUUCAAAAUUGGCCAUUCAUUCAAUCGGUGAUGUAUUCAAUAACACAGAUAAUUAUGAUGUAGAAUUUAUCGUCCGUAAGAAAAGCAUAAAGGCAUGGAAAUGUUAUCUGAAAAUGGUUUCCGAAUAUUAUCUGUUAAUGUUUUCCAAUAAUUGGAAGGAAAAAAAUCAGAUAAUGAUCAAUGAGUAUAGCUAUGAUACAUACUAUGCAUAUUUACGUAUGUUGCACAAUGGUACCAUUCGAAUCAAUCCACAAAACAUUGACGAACUAAUCGAUCUAGCCAAUUGUUAUCGUGAUCAACGAUUGUUGCAAUAUUGUAAAACAUUCAUACGAAAUGAUCUGAAUGAACAAACAAUGAACAAAUAUCAUUCAUUAAUUAGAAAAUAUCAAAUUAAAGAAUUGUAUGACAAACUUGCUCAUCUUUGCAUUGAAAAAAUGUUGCCCAAAAUCACCGACAGUCUUUUGCGUGACAAUGAAAAUUCUUUAAAAUUUCUUGUUUGGUUUUAUGAUCAACAAUCAUUCAUUGAAAAAUGAUUUAUUCUUUUCCGAGAAUUUAAUCACAAAUCAUUCGAUUGAUUUAUUGAUUUGAUUUUUUUAUUUACACAAAAAUUUUAAUAAAAUUAAAUAAAAAUCUAUUGAAUUUCUCAAUUGGUUCAACGAUCAACAACAAUUGUUUUUAACGGAUUAAUCCAGUUCCUGGAAAAAAAUACAUUGGCCAUGAUCUAAUGCAAAAAUCCUGUUUGUUCUAUUAAAAGAUUUUUUUCCCCAUCAAAUUGAUAAUGAUUUUCAAUGAGUUUAAUUAUCAUUUCAAUUGCGACAAUCAUGAUUUGAUUCCGAAAAUUUUUUUUUUUUUUUUUGAGAUUACUGUCGUCGUUAUGGUUUUUACAUUGAAAUGAUGCAUAUAACAAAUUCCAUCU